AUGUCUGGUGCUCACAAGCCGCCUCUAACCAGCAGCUCCACUUGGCACCUCAACGUGCAGCCAAGUGCUGCGUACUCCGUACUCCGCUCUUCGUGCUCGGUUCUCGGUGUUGCCAUGUACAAUGUACAUGCCUCCUCUCCAAGGACCCUUGGGAUUCCUCCCCCCGCCGACAAGACGACAACCCUUUCACCUCGUCUCACGCCGUCCGCCUUCCAACAGACAAAGUGCUCUGCGGUGGCCUCUCGCCAAGCUCCCUAA